AUGCAGCUCUCCAACACGCUGCUGAUUUGCGCCGCACUGGUCCAACAGGCCGUUGCUCUGCCUGCCCCUGUUCGCGUUCCGGAGUUCAGAAAACGUGAUUUUGGAAACUCCACAGCUUUUGCGAACACAUCAAGUAUUUCAACUUCGCGCACCACGGAUUUGACCACCACAUUGACCUCAACGUCUACGGUGUACUACACCUACCCUUACGACUCCACCACCGAGUCAGUCAGCACGGCUAGUGAAGAAGACGAGACCUUCGCUGACGAAGCUACCGGUGCCACUGUGACUGUGACUGUUACUGCUGGUGGAUGCGAUGCUGCAGUCUCAGGGUCUUCCUCUACAGAGGCCACAGAUGACUCUGUCACUACUUUGACUUCGACCGUGGCCGUGACUCACACCAUCGCUAUCGAGGCUACGAUCCCCGUUACAGAUGCUAGUGGAAGCACUAUUACUGUGAUCACCACUUCGACUGAUAUCGAGUCAACCAUCUGGGAAACACAGACCCUCACUUACACCGUCACCACCUCGGAUGCCAGUGUCAGUGCCAGUAACUCUGUGACUACAGUCCUGAGCACGUCUUCCGACUCGCCCUCCACGGUGAACACUUUCCCAAUAUCCACCUAUUCGGCUGACCCAACUACAGUCUACCAUGCUCCUCAGUUUGCCAGUUUUGCUUUCACCAACUCCUCCUCCGCUGCUGCCUCCACGUCUGCUUACACGGGCUCGAACUCUACGUAUACAUCGACCUUGGCUAGCGGCAACGUGAAGCGUAAUUUGUGGAGCUAUUUGUUCUGA